AUGAACCACGACAAGAACAGUCCAGACGUUCAAGAUCAACUACCAGCUUGUGAGAGGUGUCAUGCCUCAAAGGUUCGCUGUCGCAGGGCGCCCGGCGAGGUGCGGUGUCGUCGUUGCACCCGCGCAGCAUAUUCCGACUGCCAUCCUCGACCAUCUCGUCGAGGUGGUCGUGUUGGCCAGCAGCAAGCAAGGCGAGGAUCAAGCGGGCCGCCAUCGACACCAAAGCCUAUGGAAGAAGACACCCUGAGCCUUCCGGCGACGGCAGUGUCAUCAAACAACAUAACGACUGACACGACCCACGACUUGCAUCAGCAACAAACACAUGACAUGAACACCGACACAUCCAACGCACUUCUGGACCUGAUAUCGGUAUCCAUGGCCCCCAGCGGCGACGGCCUCUCCGACCUGUCAUGGGAACCGCUUGUCCACGACGUUGGACCGGACUCGAUGCGCGCCGUUACACUGCCCACAUCUCUCGCGCCAACAUUAAGCAAUCCCAGCGCCUCCAGCCACAGUAUGCGCCCCGGCCUCUCAGAAACGCUCCAAGAUGGAGUUACAUCAACCAGCGGCCUAAGCACGAUGCACAAGAUAAGGGGUAGCGGCAGCGAGAGUCGGUCUCCAGAACUGUCAAGACUUCCCUCAGCAUCAUACAUGCAAGCUCUGAUGGACCUCCACGCACAAAUGCUCUCACAGCAAGACAGCCUAUUGCAGUUCCUGGCGGCCCCGAUGAGAUACACACACGUCCGCCCUACGGGCGAGAUCAGCAGGCGGGCCAGCAGCAGCAGCGACACGACAUUUGCCGCCUUCCCCGAAGGACCUGUUGAAGCCGCCCUGCGGCUCGGACUCGCCCUACGUUCGCUGCUCCACCCCAACCAGACAUGCGAGCGCGACAUGCCCACCGCGCUCUUUCUCAUUAGCACCGUCCUUCGCCUGGCCUCGCUGCUGCACGAUCUCCUAGGGCGGCUACAGGGGAUGCUCGCGCAGGUGACCAAUAGGAACACGCUGUGCGCGUUUGUGUUCCCGUCUGUGCGGCUCGGGUCACUGCUGCUCAAGGAGCAGAACGACGACCGGCUGAGACCCCUGCAGAUGCACUCUAUCUCCAUGGCGCUGGGCGCGGCGGAGGGGCUGAUCGAUGAAGUGAUCCAGCUCACGGAGCGGGCACUGCCCGAGAAUAUCGCCGACGCGUCCGGCACAAUAGAAGAUGGGGAAGGGAAUACGAAGGACGAGUUUGGUCUGCAGGCGUUAACGCAGGCGCUGGUGGCGAAGCAGGAGGCCGUAAUCAGGCCUUCCGCGCCCAGAGGAAGCACCAAAUCGAACAUGACCAACCGCAAAGGCGAGGCCAAGAUUUCCACCCAACAAGCAUUCUGGAUGCUUCUCGGCCGGUGA